AUGGCAGCGAAGGAGAUCGUGCUGGUUUUGUUCUUUGGCACCGAGUAUGUGGUCCGGUUGUGGUCAGCCGGCUGCCGCAGCAAAUAUGCAGGCAUCAAGGGACGCCUCCGCUUUAUCAGGAAGCCCAUAUCAAUCAUAGAUUUAAUAGUUGUGAUUGCCUCCGUCAUUGUGCUCGGCGUGGGGUCAAAUGGGCAGGUGUUCGCCACGUCCGCCAUCAGGGGCAUCCGCUUCCUGCAGAUCCUGCGCAUGCUGCACGUGGAUCGACAAGGAGGAACAUGGAGGCUGCUGGGAUCCGUCGUCUUUAUUCAUCGACAGGAGCUGAUCACCACCCUGUACAUCGGCUUCCUGGGUCUGAUCUUCUCCUCGUACUUCGUCUACUUGGCGGAGAAGGACGCCGUGGACGAGGAGGGCAAGACGGGCUUUUCCAGCUACGCUGACGCGCUGUGGUGGGGCGUGGUGACAGUCACCACCAUCGGAUAUGGAGACAAAAUUCCUCAGACGUGGAUAGGGAAGGCCAUUGCCUCCUGUUUCAGUGUCUUCGCUAUCUCUUUCUUCGCUCUGCCUGCUGGGAUUUUGGGUUCAGGAUUUGCCCUCAAAGUCCAGCAGAAGCAGCGACAGAAGCACUUCAACAGACAGAUCCCUGCUGCGGCCUGCCUCAUCCAGACGCUCUGGAGGUGUUACGCUGCGGAGAAACCCAACGGCUGUGCUGCCACGUGGAAAAUGUACGUCUUGACUCCAGAGGGUGUGGCCGCGGCUCAGGCAGACAGCGGCAGUCCGAGCAUCAAGAAGCUGAACCUGGCGAAAAAGGGGACUAAAAGACGGCUGAAGACCAAAGGAACCGGAUCUUUGGGUGUUGCCUCAGAGAGGGCCGUGUCGAUCCCUCAAAUCACCUAUGAUCACAUUGACGACUCGGUGGAAAAGAAGGACGUCUCGUUUUACAUCAAAGAGCCAAGGGGGACAGCUGAAGGGAUUACCAGGAUGUUCAGGAAAACAGGCCCUCCUCACCACUCUUGGUCAUCUUUCACUCUGAGCUGCCCUGCUUCCCCAGUAAAGGGGAGUGGCAAUAAAAGCACGUCCAUAGACAUCUCCCGCGCCAACAGCCUAACCGAUGACCUAGAUGACAUGAGUGAGGAUAUUCCCUUGCCGGUGGUCACCAACAAGAACCAGUUAUCCCAUGCCCAGAGGUCUGCUGUGAAAGUCCUGCGCAGAAUGCAGUACUUCGUGGCCAGGAGGAAAUUUCAGCAAGCUCGGAAGCCCUAUGAUGUGCGAGACGUGAUCGAGCAGUAUUCCCAGGGUCACCUCAACAUGAUGGUUCGCAUCAAGGAGCUGCAGAGAAGGCUGGAUGGCACCCUCGGGAAGCCAGGAAUGUUUUUGCCAGGAAAGGGGGAAGAUAAAGAGUACCCAACCAUUGGAGCACGCAUGAUCAGAAUGGAAGAUAAGAUUCACCAGAUGGACCGGAAAAUGGACUCCGUCCUGCGGAUUCUGACGGAGCAGUUCCCACCCAAGCCGGAUCUGACGUCCAAGCCGUCCAUCCGUCGGGUGACCAUCCAGAAGCGCAUGGGCGCCAGCAUCGACGAGGCGCCUUGAUAGAGCGAAGAUGACCAAGUCCAGGCGGAGGGCGAUUAAAACACUGGGACUUCACUUCAACAGCCUAGCCCCUCCCUCAUAUGAGUCCGUCUCACAAAGCAUAAGGGGUCUCAGUCUUCCACUACGUCCUCUUUUUUUUUUUCUUUUCCAUCGGCUUUAGACCCAAAACUGUUUUAUGCUAACCAGAGCAAAAUAGCCUUUGCCGGCUGAGAAGUCAGCCCAACCGACCUCAUUCUCCAGACUAACGACGGCUCCUGCGACGUCACUGCAGCACCCGAUCGCUCAGGCAGCAACAUGUUCUAUGAAUUUAUUUCACCACAUUAGCCUCCUAAGCGUACUACUCCAUAACGUUAAUUUAUGUGUGGCCUGUCACUGAGCAGCAUUCCUCCCUUUCAAAUAUUAUUCCAGAGCUAACUAACCCCUUAAUGAAGUCGUAAUGAAAUCAAAGCGCUCCGGUUUCUUAAUGGCACUCGAAGGAAAAAAGCUGUAAAUCCACAACCAAGCCGAGGCAUUCCUCAAAUCCGUCUGAUUAUCUUGGCUCAACCGGCACCUACUGUACACAACAGCGCCUCUCGCCGCAGACACGCAUCCAUCCAGCCUAACUGGACUCAGACUGAAACUAACGUUUGUUUGUGGGAACUGGAUAACACAGGGAGUGGAAAAGAAAGAGUACCUGUUGGUUUUGCCCCCACUGGACUGCAGUUGCAGUGGCGACGACUUAUUGCCACAGCAGACGAAUUAAAUGCACCCUGUUUUUAAAUGGAUAAAUAGGAUUUUUAAUAAAAAAUUCAGAAUAAUAGUUCCCUUAUCUGGUGGCGGAGGUCAGAUGGUUUUGUUGAAUUUAUAGAAAUCCUAGAGAUAGUGGAAAGCUAACAGCUUGUCAGACGGAUCCCCCUAUUUAGCUGAUUUCAGCAACUUGAAACCGAAGAUGUUCCUACUAACGAUGCUAUUUUAGAGGAUGUUGUUUCACAAGAGACCGUGGUUAAUUUUGUUGCUGCUUUUCCUGCCAAAAACACACCUGAAUACAUCCAGAUACAUCGCUUCAGGCUGCAAGCUGCAGUCGGCUAAUUGGGAGAUAAAUCGCCUCAUUGCAUCCAUUGAUGCCUUUGCAAAAAUAAUUGUAUUCAAUAUUUUAAUUAUUAAUUACUAUUAAUUAAUAAUUUAAUUAUUUUAAAGGUUUAGACACCCCAGGUUUAAGCUAGUGAGGCAGGUUAAUACAGUUAGCAUCGUCAACUAGCAUAACUUUAGCGGAGCGUCACAGGUUUUACACUUACAGUCUCAGCAACAAACGUGACUGUCUUAUACUAAAGUGUGAAAGGUUAAUAUUCCCAAUUAUGCCGAGGUAUCCUAUGAUUAUAGUUGCUAGUCUCAGCUAACAUCUAGCUAGCUGUUAGCAUUGCAGCACUUUACAAACUCACUGCCAUGUGACGUGUUUCUGCUUCAGGUAAAUGAAUUAUUACUGAUAACUUUAUAGAAGCUGACUUCAAAAAAAUAUAUAUUUUAAUUAAUAAUAAUAAUAAUAAUAAUAAUAAUAAUGAAAGAUUCAGGCACCCCGCACUAAUAGUUAUACAGCAAAACAAAUAGUUUUUUUGUUUGUUUUUGUUUUUCUUGCUGUGAUUGUACCUCUUGUCCAAAUCGUACGUUUUUGGCGAGAUUUUUAUAAAGUGAUUUUGUAGUGAAGAUUUUUAAGAACUCUUUUUUUUUUUUUUUUUCUUAUGCAUGUUUACUAUACAAACCUUUGGGCAAACAAUGACAUCACAGCCUAAUUUUGCACAUCCCCACUACUGCUUUGAGUAUCAGUGGUGCGUUAUGUUUCUGGCAGUUUCUGAGUUUCAAGUCGGAAACACAAACUGACCAACUGAGUUUGAAAAACUUUAAAGAUCAGAUCUGAUACACAUUUAAAGGUAAAGGUAAACUUGUUUGCGUCAAAUUCUGAGAGAAAUUGAAAGCAGCACAAGCAAGUACUAAAAAUGACCACCACUAUGGUCACGCUUUUUGUGGGGAUUGGUUUUGUUAACGUUUGGCUAGUUAGCUUUUGGGCAACAAGGGGAAAUAAAGGAACUUUCAUGCUGAUAUUGACAAGAAACUAUUUUUAGGGAGAAGAAUAAUAAUGCAGAAAAUGUAGAAUGUUCAUCGUUGGACUUUGGUACGCCAUUGUGGCACAAGGGCCCAGCCCUAGGGCCUUGUCCAGAUAGAGAAAUACACUCCUGGAUCAGGAGUGGGAUCCUGAAAUGUGGGAAAGAAAUUAUCAGUACUCACAUUUCAGUGUGCUGGACCCUCACCAGCUUGUAAGUAGAGCAUCAACAUGCAAAAAGAAGGAAAAGAAACAAUAGACGAAAGAAAUAAGACCAUAUUAAGUAUUAAGAACUUCAUGUUAACUCAAACAGGCCAUUAGUUGAUCAAAAGCUUAAAGCAAUUAGCCUUAAAAGGGAAUAAUCAGUGCUUAAAAUCUGGCUUGUAUAGAUUUUUCUGUCCAGGAGUCACAUGUGAUAAUCAUAUGUGACGUCUCAUUGGACAUGGGACAACGCACAAAGUAACACUGUCAUUUUAAACUUAUUAAAACAUCUUGUGGGACAAAAAUGUGAGAGGUUAUAGUCCCUGAAAUCUUCCUAAGGAUCCCACUGGGUGAACACAAAAACACUGACAGGUCCAAAGUCAAGGCACUUACUGAAGCUGAUUUCAGACUAAAAACCUUAAGACAACUUUAAAAACAUCUCUAAGGACUACACAGUAUGUAAGUAAGUAGAGUUUAUUUCUAAAGCUUUUCACAGACAUAAAAUCACAGAUUGGCGUACAGUAAAAAUCAACUCAUCAACAUUUCUUCCCACACAUGGAGCAACAGCAGCAGCAGUCAUCUAACAGAGGACUUCUACCACGAGAAUGGCAUCCUUAUGUUGGAUUGUUCUCCAUGUUCUCUUAAAUCACAUAGGAUUUAGGAGAACAUGGCAGAUGUCAGCUCCUGGCUUCAAAGCUAGGAGAAACGUAUACCAGUUCAGAUCCAGAGUAGGAGUGGGCAUUCAUCGUAUCGUUUAUCAAUUUAUCGCGAUAAUUUCCUUAGCAUGAUAAGGAUCUUCAUGUAUCGUUGUCACGAUAAAUUCCAAACUGGUGUUUAAAGACCUCCACAGCUGUCCGUAUUGUUGGUUUUUACUAUUUUUCUCCACCUUUGAUACUUUCAUGUUCUAUAAAAGUGUCAGUAAACAUCAAUGAAUUUAAAAGCGUAAUAAUAGAUUCUUGUAGUCAGUUUUAUCGAUAUCAUAUCACAAAACAUUGUGAUAAAAUUUUUAAGCCCAGCAGCAUCAAAAUUCAAUUCUUGUAACUUUCUUCGUGAGCUGGAGUGUGUCUGAAUAAAUAUUCUUUCUUUUUUUAAUAUCUGGACUCACAUAAUUGAGUCAAAUGUUGCUUUUUUUAUUGAGAUAAAUAAAAAGUUCUUAUUUUGUAUUUCAUCUUACGAGCUUUAGAGACGUGCGAGUGGUGGAAAACAGAAAGUAGCCCAGCUAUGUUGCCAUUGUAAUGGAAGGCCUCUCGUAAUUAUAGCGUGCACAUUCCUAAAACGAUGGACCCGCGCACACACGCGUCAAAGCGGGGUGAACAAGGGCAGCAGAAGAAGAAGAUGAUUUUCUCUGCACUAGUAUGUAUUUUUAUAUUUGCUGUGGUUAAAAUGACCUGUUAUUUAUCUCGUAUCACAUAAAGCAGUUGGAUUCGAAGAGAGCUCUCGUUGCUUCUCCUGUACAGUUUUCUAAGAGUUGUAAAUAGAAACAUUGCCUUAUUGCACUGUGUUCAUAACGACGUGAAAAGAUCAACCCAGGACGUGUCUACUACUUGGAAGUACAAGAAACGCUGUCAGACUCCUGAAGUCAAAAUGUGUAGAAAAUAAUUUGAAAUGCUGUUUAAGACAUUCCCUCUUUAUUGUAGCUUUGCUGUAAAUAAUAAAAGUCCUUUUCAGUAUAAAAUGUUUCUCUCAGCUCGUCUGUUACACUGGCUUGGAAAAGUAUUCAUACUUUGCUGAGCUUGUUUACGUUUUGGUAAAUGCCACCAAAACUAAACAAAACAAUGUUUGUGAAU